ACUCUCAUGACGCAGCUUGCUUUUCAGACUGAAAGAGAGAGCGAACCAGUGGAUGCGACGGUGUUUCCCGCCCAGAGCCGUUAUCCCGGGAUGGCAAGGCGCCGUUUGGGGGGGCACCAUUGGUCGCGUGUGGUGGAUACAUGUGUCCCCUAUUUUUUACAGAAUAGUUUGAUUAAUCACAUGUGAUUCCGCUGAUUUCCUGUGUACAGGGGCCACCCAGCGUGGGGUCGGGUACCGAUACCUGGGGGCACCCUCCAUCUGGAAUGACAGCGUGGAAUUUGGAAGCUGACCGAGCAAGAGCAAGGCAGGGAGUGUGGGUGGUGCUCAACAACAGCUCUCUCUCUUCGAUGCGAAGAGCGGGCUUUUUUUUAUUUCAGACAUAACACUUUACCUCUCCGCAUCAAUAGGAUGCGCAACAAGUUCGAUUUUGCUCCCCUCUUUUCCAACAACGUGGUCUCUCCUUUUUUCUCCGCGACGUGACCGACUGACUCUCCCUUGUUUGCUUACGCCCACCUCACCCUCACCCACAUCAACAUCGACGCUCCGAGCGCCCCAGACUGUCCGUGCCUGGCGUGCGUCUUUCGUGACUUCCAUGAAUAAUUGACAGCGCCGCCCACCUUUUCUCUCCAGUCUCAUCGCCAUUACCCACUCAUCAUCUUGACCGACAGAUAUUAGCAGCAAACAUGGCGGACGAGCAGGUCGCCGCUCCACAGGAGGAUGCGCCCUUGGUCGUUAACCUCAACCUCAUCCAGCCAAGCGGCACCUCACUAAGCUUCGCCCGAACACCAGCUGCUACCACUUUGCGCCAGCUCAAGGCCAAAGUUCGAGAGGAACUCCCCUCGCGACCAUCCGACGAGCAAAUCAGAUUCAUCUACCGCGGCCAUCUGUUGCAGCGCGAUACCGACACAUUGCUGGAUGUCUUUACAGAACAGGUGAUCCGAUCAAGCGGCGACCAACAAUCUCUUCAUAUGGUGAUCAGAGAUGUUGUCAACCAGCCGUCUGGCAACACCCCCCAGCUCGCAACACCGAACCGUGGCCAGAGCCCUGCGCCUGGCAAUGCGAAUGCCCCUCCCAACAACCAUGCGCAACCUCCAUUUGGCCGCCAGCCACAUAUCCAGUUUCACCCUCAGCAUGGAAUCCGUGUGGCAGCCGCCGGCUUUAUCCCGCCUCCACAGCCCAUGGUCCAUCACCUACAACACCAAGAUAUGGUUCAGUGGGGUGCUCACCUUCAGCGGGAAGCCUUUCAGCGGCAAGUUGCGCAUUUGAAUACUCAACGACACUUUGGAUAUGGUAUUCCGCCUCUCGAUGGCGUACACCACGGCCCGGUCAUGGGGGCUGAGCACCCGGCGCAUGCCUUGACGCGGGAUAUGGUUGGGCCCAACGGACAACAAGUACGCAUCACUGUUCAGAACGAGAUCGUUGCGCCAGCCGCUGGCUCUGCUCCAGGAGCGGGCGGUCCUACAUCCAACCCUGGAAAUCAUCGCCCAUCUUCUGCGAACCAGACUCGUGACUGGAUCCAUGGUGAUGACGCCGCUAGGGCCUCGCAAACUAUCACUGAUGCGAUGCAAAGAAGUGCAUCUGGCGCAUCCUUAGCAAACAUGGCGGCUAAUCUUGCGAAUUCCAAUGGGCCUAUUCAGCCAAUUCAACCUGGGGUGACUACGCCUCUCUUUCCCGGUGUAUCCAGACAUGCCAGUCGUUCUGCGACCCCAGAUCCCCACACCAGACAUGCUGCCUAUGGUAUUCCGCCGCUGCAGCGGCAGGUAGCACCACAGGGUCAAUCUCAAUCACAACCCCAGGGCCAACAGGGACAGUCCCAAGCUCGGGCCUUGGAUGAUCUUGAGGUUCACAUUUUGUACGACCAGGCUGGUCCUCGUGCGUUACUGGUAAAUAGUCCUCUAGAUCUGUACACCUCGCGGCAGCCACAUGCUUUACCUGUGAGGCCACCACAGCACGUCUACCAGCCCAUGGCUUUCGGCGUACCUCCUAUGGCAGGCCCUCUUUUCUACCCACCUCCGUUCUAUCCCCCGCCAGCCAUGUACCUGCCACCUUUUCAACCGAGCCCCAUGCCAUUGGCUUUCCAGCAGCCGCAACCCGGACCGGUGCCACCGCCUCUCUGGCCAAACCCAAAUGCAGCAGCUCACGGGCCGGUACAACCCCAGCAGGAACAAGCCCAAGCAGGUUUCCAGGCUCAUCCUGUCGACGGCCUUCGGCAUCGGGUUCAGCAGGCCCAAGUGGCAGCUCCAGCUAACCCUCCUCUUGCCCGGCCUCCACAGUUUGGACAUCAGGGCAACCCUGGAGGGUGGGUGGUGGCUGCCUGGCCCACCGUGUGGCUCAUCAUUCGUCUGGCCGCUUUUGCCUUUUGGUUCUCCUACAGCAACCCCUCAUGGGAACGGUGGCUGUCGUUGAGUAUAGUGUCCCUGAUCCUCCUGGCGUUUCAUACAGGGAUUUUGAAUGCCUUGGUCAACGACGUGUUUCAGCCCAUCAGAGAGCAUAUUGAGAACCUGAUCCCCAAUCCGGAACAUCAGAAUCAACAGAGACCAGCACAGAACGCACCAGCAGGGGCUGGUCAGGCUGGCAACCCCGAUCCGGCGGAGACUGCGCGGCGGUUGGUAGCACAGAGACGGAAUGCUAAUGGAAAUUGGCUACAAAACCAGGCCAGGUGGCUAGAGAGAGCAGGUAUCUUGCUUCUGGCCAGUUUGGCGCCAGGGGUUGCAGAGAGACAUAUUCAGCAACUGGAGGCGCGGGAAAGGGAGGAGAGGAGAGCUGCUGAAGAGGCUGCCGAACGGGAGAGGGCCGCUGCUCGAGCAGCCCAGGAGGCCCAGACGGAAGGGCAGCAACCAGGACAUGAAGAUGGAGCGGAACAUGGGCAGCAAGAGGAGUCUCCAGGACAGCCCCAGCCUCAGGCUCAAGCUCCUUUGGUGGAGGUAUAA